AUGACCACUCCCGAAGUCACAGCUCAAAUCAGAUCGCAGCCUCGCCCCUCGGCCCCCGGUCCAGUCACCAACACAACAGAAGCACCACCCCAAAGCCUCCUCGCCAAGCAGCACAACCUUGUCCCGAUGGUCGUUGGCACUACAGACACUCAGCAGAAUACAAUGCCCUUGGAGGGCGCCGAAAAGGAGCUGUUGAUGGAGAGAGUUUACAAUACCGGUGCGCAGACGCCGUCGUCUCUCGUCGCGCAGAUUGAGCGUAAGCUGCAGCAAAAUAGUUAA